AUGAUGGAAACAAAAACUAAAAUUACUAGAAGUAGGUUUGGUUGUAAUGUAUGCAAAAAACUCAAGAAGAAAUGUGACGAAGGGAAACCGUCUUGUGCUUAUUGUUUAAAAAGGGGCUGUCCAUGUGAUUAUACAAAAACAUUAAUAUGGGGUGGUCGACCUUUUAAGUCAAAAAAAUCAAACUCAGAAUUUGAAACACCAGGCAAUGAAUUUAAAGAGUAUAAGAAUGAUCUGAAAAACAAACCCAAUCAAGGUAUUAAAUUUGUUCAUCAAAACUUUACAACAGAUAAUAAGAGCUAUAUUGAGUCUUAUGCAACACCUUUAUCAACUGGCAGUACUAGUAACAAAAAGCGACGAGAUGAAGAUUUUGAAGAUGAUCAACAACAAAAAAAGCAGCAUAUUAAUGAUUCACAAAUGGCAGCCACCUCGCCUCAAUCCUUCCUCACGCCUCAUGGGUAUUCCAUAUUACAAGAAAACCAGAUUGAAAGUCCUCAGAGUAUUUAUAACGAGCAAAUUGAUCCUUUAAUAGUCAAUCAAUCCCAAAGGACGAAAACUAAUCCUUCUUUUGUUUAUCAAUCUCAAGAAGUGAUAGACUACCCACCAAGUUUCAACCAACUUGAAAAUGAAAUCGGUCGAAUAACAGAUGGCGAGGUACAGUUCCAACUUCAAAAUCUGGACAUUUUUCAAGAUUUCUUACAUGAACCUAACAUUACUAAAACAUCUUCCGAUAGUUCAUCAGUUGAAAAUUAUUCCCAAGACCUUGCGAAGAUAGAAGAAUAUAUGCCUACUCCUACAAAUCUCAUGGACGUCAUGCCGUUUAUCUAUCGCCCUGCAUUUAACAAGCAGUUGGAACCCGAUUUGGAUUUUGAAUUAAAUGAGGAGCAAAAAGUUGAAAAACUUCUAAACAGCAUUCCUUCCCAACUAUUACCCAUGCCUUCACUACUAUUGGAUGUCCCCUUUUACAGAAACUUACUACAUUUUUGGAUCAAUAUCGCAUCAGCUCACUUUGUUCCAGUCCCAUCAGAUAUUUAUAUUGAUAAUCCUUUCAAAACAAUACUCCCACAAAUGGCUAUGCAAGUUCCAUCUAUUCUUACUGUUUUAUUGGCAUUUUCAGCAAAAAUCAGAUCACAACUUAUCGGUGAUAGUGGGAUACCCGAAUCUGUUAUAGAUGUGUUAUUAUCAAGAUCAUGCAGUGAGCUUGUAAAAUUACUACAAGACAAGAAAACAGCUACUUCUGAUGAAGCUCUAGCAACAGCAUUACUACUAUCUUGUUUUGAAAUAUUUAACUCAAAGGAUUUUAGUAGACAUAGAGCUCAUACUAUUGGUGCAAGGCAAAUUAUAAAAGCAAGAUCUUUUGAUCCACUUGCAAAGAACAGGUUAUCAAAUAGUGAGAAAGAUAUAAAGUUCUUUUUAUUAAGAUGGUUUGUUUAUACGGAUGUCAUUGGAGCUUUAUCAUCCACUAAAAACUCAGACGAGUAUCUAUUAAUCUCAGAUAUCGAUAAGUAUGAACCUAUAAAUUCAUUCAAUACUAUAUACAAAGUUGACGAUGAACAUGCAGGGGAACAAAUUGAUUGUCUAACGGGUUUCGAUUUGAAAUACUUAUCUCAUUUUGCAAAAAUUACCCUAGUUGCUAGAAAAACAAAUGAAUAUUUGAGUCAACCAGGAGCUAAUAGAAAUACUAUUCCACUGGAAAUUAUUUGUCAGGCUUUAGAAAUCAAAGAGGCAUUACAAGAUACUUGUGUAAAAGAUCAUGAUUUUAUACAAAUGAAUCAAGAAAAAUUAUUCAUUGAUGGUAUGAGCUCUAAAAUUCAAGAGAUUGAGAUUUUGAAAUAUACAAAUAAAAUAUUUUGUGAUGCAGGUAUCAUACAUUUAUAUAGGAGGGUCUUAUUAAUUCCAAGAGAAUCUCAUUUAGUUCAGGAAUCAGCUACAAAUAUUGGAUUAUUAGCGAGACAAAGAAUCCCACCUAAAUCACCAACGGAAAUUUGUCUUAUUUUUUGCUUUUUCACAGCAGCUUGUGAAACAUUAGAUAAAAAUUUACAAAAAUUUUUCGAAGAAAGAUUUAUUGGUUUAGGUGAAUUGGGAAAUAUAAAUGCAAGAAAAGGUCUACAAAUAAUGAGAGAAUGUUGGAAUUCAGGAGUUGAUUGGAUCGAAGCUGCUACAACCAUGGAUCUUGAUUUUGCUUUAUUUUAA